UGUUCUGGCUAGCGGAACACAGGGCUGAUGGCAGGCAGCAACCUGUCAACAACCCAGGCAUAGCUGGAACUAAAGUGUGCUGAGCCCUUUAUCAUCUCAUUUUCGUCAGUUUUUGCAGGUCCCUUGGUGCAGCAAAACAAGACUGCAGUGUUAUGGAAGAACCAUGAAGGCCCAAUUACAAGUCACUGUGCUUUCAGCCAAGCUUAAGGAAAACAAAAAGACCUGGUUUGGUCCCAGCCCUUACGUUGAGGUAGCUGUGGAUGGCCAGUCAAAGAGGACUGAGAAGUGCAACAACACACACAGUCCUAAAUGGAAGCAGGCUGUCACAGUAAUUGUCACCCCGGUCAGCAAGCUGAUCUUUCGAGUUUGGAGCCACCAGACACUGAAGGCAGACAUCCUGUUGGGAAUGGCCAUGCUGGAGAUCAAAGAGAGCCUUAAAGCUAACGACCUGAAACUGUGUGAGGUGGUGCAGACUCUGCAGCUGUGCUCUGACAGAGACUCUCGGGAUGUUGUUGGCGACCUGUCAGUCUGUCUGGAUGGCAUGCAGGUAGACCCAGAGACCCUCGCCACUGCAGAGAGAGAACAUGCUGCUCUUCCAAAUGGAAACGCAAGGCAAAAUGGAGACACUGGCAACAGGUCAAGCAGGGACACAUCUCCCUCCAGUGACUCAGAGGAGUGGGUUAUCGUACCUAACGGUCAUCCUGCCAAUGGUACAGGGUCUCCUUCUCGAUCUCCAGGGGGCUCCAACGCCUUGCGUCCUCCCAGACCAGCCCGAGCCCCUCCUCCUACGCCUCACAGACCUACAGCCUCACCAACCUCUUCUAGCAGUUCCUCCCCAAGCGAGCUGAGUGAAGCUCCAGCUUCCGAUGGCUCCUCCCAGGCGUCAGCUAGUGGCUGUUUAAAUCAGCAGGAUGACUCAGCAGCAGCAACAUCAACAUCAACAUCAACAGCAGCAACAGCAGCAACAGCAGCAACAGCAGCAACAGCAGCAACAGCAGCAGCUACUUCACAGACAGCAGCUGGACCCAAACCAGCAACAUCUGCCUCAGCAGCUCCAGCCUCAGCAGCUCCAGCCUCAGCAGUUCCGGCCACAACAGCUCCCAGAAUCACACCCAUAAACAACGGCCCCUUACCACAAGGAUGGGAGCAAAGGGCAGACCAGAACGGACGGGUCUACUUUGUGGAUCACAUCGAGAAAAGGACAACCUGGGAAAGGCCUGAUCCUCUUCCUUCAGGGUGGGAGCGCAGGGUGGACCCGAUGGGUAGGGUGUACUAUGUCGACCACAUUACCCGGACGACUACGUGGCAGCGGCCCACGCAGGAGUCGGUGAGAAACUACGAAGAGUGGCAGCACCAGAGAAACCAGCUGCAGGGAGCCAUGCAGCAGUUCAACCAGAGGUUCAUCUAUGGGCUCCAAGACCAGCUGGCGGCGACGGCCAACAAAGAGUUUGACCCGCUUGGACCUCUGCCACAUGGAUGGGAGAAGAGAACAGACACCAAUGGCAGAGUGUAUUUUGUUCAUCACCCGACUCGGACAACGCAGUGGGAGGACCCCAGGACCCAGGGGCUGCUGAACGACAAGCCCCUACCAGAGGGAUGGGAGAUGCGGUUCACUGUGGAUGGUAUUCCCUACUUUGUAGACCACAACAGGCGAACCACAACCUACAUAGACCCUCGCACGGGGAAAUCCUCACUUGAGAAUGGACCACAGAUAACCUAUGUCAGGGACUUCAAAGCCAAAGUGCUAUACUUCAGGUUCUGGUGUCAGCAAUUGUCGAUGCCUCAGCACAUUAAGAUUAACGUCUCCCGGAAAACCUUGUUUGAGGAUUCAUUUCAACAGAUAAUGAGCUUCCACCCUCAAGAUCUGAGGCGGAGACUGUGGAUCAUUUUCCCCGGAGAGGAAGGCUUGGACUACGGAGGUGUGGCCAGGGAAUGGUUCUUCUUGCUCUCUCAUGAAGUGCUGAACCCCAUGUACUGUUUGUUUGAGUAUGCCGGCAAGGACAACUACUGUCUGCAGAUCAACCCUGCCUCCUACAUCAACCCUGAUCACCUCAAGUACUUCAAGUUCAUAGGACGCUUCAUUGCCAUGGCUUUGUUCCAUGGCAAAUUCAUCGACACAGGAUUCUCCCUGCCCUUCUACAAGCGCAUUCUGAACAAACCUCUGGCUCUCAAAGACCUGGAGUCCAUAGAUCCAGAGUUUUACAACUCACUCAUCUGGAUCAAGGAUAAUAACAUAGAGGAGUGUGGACUGGAAAUGUUCUUCUCUGUGGACAAGGAGAUCCUGGGCGAGGUCACCACCCACGAGCUGAAGCCCGAUGGAGGAAACGUCCAAGUAACUGAGGAAAAUAAAGAGGAGUACAUCAGGUUGGUGGCAGAGUGGAGGCUGUCCAGAGGGGUGGAGGAGCAGACUCAGGCAUUCUUUGAGGGCUUCAAUGAAGUUUUGCCCCAGCAGUACCUCCAAUACUUCGAUGCCAAGGAGUUAGAGGUGAUGCUGUGUGGGAUGCAGGAGAUAGACCUGGUGGACUGGCAGAGAAACGCGAUCUACAGACAUUACGCCCGCAGCAGCAAACAGAUCCUCUGGUUCUGGCAGUUUGUGAAGGAGAUGGACAACGAAAAGAGGAUGAGGCUGCUGCAGUUUGUCACAGGAACCUGUCGCCUUCCUGUGGGAGGCUUCGCUGACCUGAUGGGAAGCAACGGCCCUCAAAAGUUCUGCAUCGAGAAAGUGGGUAAAGAGAACUGGCUUCCACGAAGCCACACAUGCUUUAAUCGUCUGGACCUCCCUCCCUACAAGAGCUACGAGCAGAUGAAGGAGAAGCUCAUGUUCGCCAUUGAGGAGACAGAAGGCUUUGGGCAGGAGUAAUGAGCAGGAGCUAAAGGAUGGGAUGGAGGAGUGUUGGCUUGGAGGAGCCAUAUCCUUUUCAGACAUGAGCACUUUUUAACAUGACCUCCCUGCAGCCAGGAGCUGCUUAUAAACUGGUGAUGGACGUACAAAUCUUUAUUUUCUAUCACAGUAUCAGUCACAACUAUUUCGUCACACAUUCAUUUACCCUACAAAAGACCUGUGAAUCCUUCUCACUCCGUUUCACUGCUCACCUACAUGAUGGAUCCCACCCUUCUGCAGCUGGUCAGCCCACUUUCAGGCGAGAGAGGCAAGAGAGACGCCUUCCUCACCCUGUCAUGUCUGCACUCGCCGAACGUUGCACAAGUGCAGUUUCUGCUCGUACACCUGUGAAUCUGUGCAGUGGUAACUUCUUAAGAGCCGCCUUGUCGGGUCUAUGCACUAGAAUUAAUUAUUUGGGAGAAAAAUAACCAUAUUUGUGCAUUUUUACUUAAGAUAAGUACAUAUCUAAAAGUAACAUCAAAGGCAAAUGUAUGGUUUGGGUUUUUUUUCAGGCUCAGCUUUUGUUUGUUUUUUUGGUUUAAAGGAUGGAUGAAUGAUUUUUUUCAACAACUGACUGACUCCUGCAGCACAUAUGCAUUUUCUUUGACAAAUAUGAUCGAGCUAAUUGUAAUGAUACUUUCUCUUAUUUCAACAGGUUGCUUUCUUAACUUUAUAAUGAGUUGAACUAGUUUGCACAUAGUUAUGUGAGCAGGAAGACCGGUUGUGAUUGUUCUCAAGAGAGGUUGUAUUUUUAUGUGCAAUAGUUUUGUAGGAAACAAUUAUGCCAAUAAUAGAGCCAAGCAAUGAUUUGUUUGAUCAUUUUAUAACAGUUUGGUAAGUUUCAACAUUUACUCCUUAUUUGAAUUGUCAAUAUAAAAUAGAGAACAUUUGCAUUAUUGCAAGUGUUCGUAGUGAAACUUGUUUGGUUGUGAUAUGAUUAGAAAACUUCCCAAAAUGAUCUGUGCUGUAAAUAGUAUCAGCUUAUUUACCAGUCAGGACGACUGAAAGAGUCUUGAUUUUGAAUUAUAAUCUGUUACUAAUGAAGUGGGAGUUUUAGCGUGUGUAGAGAACAAUGAUUUGUUGAAUAAUGACCUAUUAUUCCCACUGAAAGGUAGCCAAUUCUCUGGUAGAUGUCCAGACUUAAGUAUUAUUAGAGUUAAAUGAUGUUAAAUACUGAAUCCUAACUGUUUAAUGUGUUCAGUGACUAAUGCAGUUUUUGUAAAUAUACUUAUAAAGUAGUAAUAUGUUUAAUAUCUUAAUACAUUUAGUUCACCCAAGCAGUGGACCCCUUACAGUUGCAGGCAUAAGUGGACCAUUAGGAUUAAUGUAAUAUAAGUGACCCUAGUUUUAUAGGGUGAUAGGUAUUCAGAUUUGUACAGAAGUAUAUUAGAAUAAUUCAUGUCUUUUCCAAAAAUAGCUCUGUUUUCUUCAAGCUUAAAGUUUAUUUUUUAUUUCAGGUAGACUAGUAUUACUUUAAGAAAAAUGACUGGAACCAAUCUACCAAAGGAUGUUAUUUAAUAGUUUUUUGUAAAACAUUUUACUUCAUUUGAGGUAUAAGUCUUAAAGUGCAGUUUUUAACAUCCCCUAAAUUGUUAUAUAUCACAUCGGUUGGCGCUAUUAGGUUGUUAGUUAGCCUUUAUUAUAUUAAUGGGUAACACUGUGAGGUACAAAAAAAGGUAGCAAUUUAGCUACUUCAAUCUUAAAUACAAAAUCUGAACAAAAUUUGAAUCUGUAAAGUGAUAUUUUGUAACUGUCCCGGUAUCAAGCUGUGUAGUGUGUGUGUGUAAGCAGCGUGGUGUAAAUUACGUGGUAUAAUUUCAAUGUGUACACCAGAUAAUUUAACAAUCCUAAUUAAAAGUUGUGUUUCAGCAAAUUUACUUGAAGUUAGCUGUAACGAAUGAAAUGAAAUAUCCACACAUUUUGUAUGAACAAUGUGGCCGAAUGCCAUUUCACAAAAUGCUGGUUGUUACAGUAUAAGCGCUCCCUCACUGACCUGACAGGUGUAUUGACCCUCAUUCGAAACCAGUUACUGCUGACUUGGUUUUUAUUAGUCUCUUAUGUUUCACAUUAUCUCAGAUUUUUAUCCUGCAUUAAUACACACACAUAGACCUAUAAAGCUACUACUGGUGUGCAGAUUUGAAAUGAGAUUACUGCCGAAAAACCUUCAAAAUGUUUACUAUUGAAUAUUUUAACAGAUAACAACGAAUAACUUAGCACCUUGACACUUCAUACUGGUUGAAUUAACCACUUCACUGUUUAAUCACUGCUUUGUUCCAGAUCAUGGAGCCAUUUUAAUGUAGGCUAUAGAAAUAUGCAAAAUAGUGUUUGUAGUUGUACUGAUUGCAUUGUAAAUCAUGUUGAUAGUGUAAUCACUGUUUUUGAGCUCCAACUUUUUUUGAUAAGUAGAAGUCAAUGGUAUUUAUUUGGAAGAUGGGUUUCAUGUAACAAUGGACUGGAUUGAUUGAGAAAAAAAACAACCGUAAUAAAAUGAUUUAAACACUGGG